AUGUCUGGUAAAGGUAAAUCUGCAGGCGCUGAUAAAGCUUCCACAUCAAGAUCCGCUAAGGCUGGAUUGACAUUCCCAGUUGGUAGAAUCCACAGAUUGUUGAGAAAGGGAAAUUACGCACAAAGAGUUGGUUCCGGUGCACCCGUUUACUUGACCUCUGUCUUGGAAUACUUGACCGCUGAAAUUUUGGAGUUGGCCGGAAACGCUGCAAGAGACAACAAAAAGUCGAGAAUCAUUCCAAGACACUUGCAAUUGGCUAUCAGAAAUGAUGAAGAAUUGAACAAGUUAUUGGGUGACGUUACUAUCGCUCAAGGUGGUGUCUUGCCAAACAUCCACCAGAACUUAUUGCCUAAGAAGUCCGGUAAGGGCGACAAGGCAUCUCAAGAAUUAUAA